AAAUAAAGUAGCACAUAAGCCAAACUUCUGUCUAAAGGGGGAUCCAAGAUUGUCUAAAUCAGCUUGAUUGUAACAUUUCAUGAUUACAUUGCCAGUUUCAGUGUUGCAUUGGAGCAGUUGAUAACGGGAUCCAGGAUGAACGUUUCUAGCCCCAGACGGCAACCACGUUCGCUGAGGCGGCUCCAGUGCAAGUAGAGCUUAGAUCUUAGAGCCUGGAAGUUGCUGGAAUGAACCACUCCAGCUGGCCCAUCUCCUGGCACAGCCAGUGGAGCAGAUCCAGCAGCUGCCACACGCAGCACUGUCUCCCACAGGGGUUGCUCAGACUGCCCCUUCCUUGCUGAGUAUGGCAGAAUUUUAGACAUACUUCAAAUUUCAAUCGCUCAAUUGGAAAUGGACAAUCUAUCAUUAUAAAUGGGCAAUCCCUUGCCUGGGAAAUAAACAACCCUGUUUAUGCUGUCAGAGUAGAAGCUGCUUUUAUGAUCCGCUGGGACCAUCGGAUUCAAAGACUGAAGCAAGAUGGAGAACAGGUGACUUGCAGGGAUCAUGUUGAGGCAACUGCUGCUGUCCUUGGGAGUCCUACAGGUGACCCUUGCCUUCCUGGCUUCUGGCCAUGGCCAUCUGGACGAGAGGGGACCCGUCCUGGAAGAGACAGGCAGGCCCAGUUCCCCAGGCCUUGAGAUGCUCAAGGAGGUCCACAUCCCAGAUUUUAAACAAGUGGCUCUGGAAACACCAAGGGUCCAAGAUGAUCUUGCGCCAGAAGCCAGCAUGAUGAUGAUGUCAGCAGCACUGGAGGCCCAGGAGCGGGAAGGGCGUUCCCCGCGGAGAUGUGUCCGUGUCCAGGAAUCCUGCCUUGGGCACAAACUGCCAUGCUGUGACCCGUGUGCCACUUGUUACUGCCGCUUUUUCAACGCUAACUGCUUCUGCAAGAAAUUCAGCAGCACUUUCCCCUGUAGCAGGAACUAGCUUGCAUUAUGCAGGCUGCCAUUUACUGAUCUUGAAUAGAUGUGAGGUCCAUAUAUAUUCCUUUUACAUUCCAAUAAAUCACCUAUGAAAAAGAA